CAAAGUCCGCAGCUUUUCAGCGCCGCAGCUCACUACUACAGCCGAGAUGCCGAGCUCAUGUAAAGAAUUACGAGCCGCGCUGGCGGAAUGCCUCCAACAAUCCGAGUGCGUGAUGGUCCAGCGGCACACGGCCGCUGAGUGCCUGCGCGAGCCGCUGGUCAACACCCUGCCGCUCAAGUGCCAGCAGCUCAAGAAAGGGUUCGGCGAGUGUCGCCGUGGCAUGCUCGAUAUGCGCAAACGGUUCAGGGGCAACCAGCCCGUCGCAUUCCGCCACCUCGAACAGGCCGAGAAGACGGGCGAGGGCUACCAGCUGUACGCGGGCAAGUCAGCGUUUGGCGGCGGGCGCGGCGAGACAGACGGCAACGAGAAGGAGCCGCAGGAUUGGAGAGAUAUGGAGAACGAGAAAUACAGAGCGGCUCUCGCGGCGGAGAAGGCGACGAAAUCAUGACGGUGACGACGUUGCCCUGCAAGACGAAGGGCUUCUGGACAUCAGAGCGCGGCCACGGUGACGACCCAGCCACCUUGCCCGGUGCUGUACGAUAUUGCAUGACUCUAAGCGGUUCCUCAGAUAGCGGGCUGGAGCAUAGCGAGCAUUUGCGGGCGCCGGUAUGAGGGCUGUAUGUUUGUAGUUGGGUUCCUGAGCUGUGAGAGGCAACUCUAUCCUCAGUUCUAGUUGACCUCCCACCAUUCGAACCACUUUCCCACGCCCAGGUAUGCACGCACCUUCGCCCCAACUCAGACUUCGGAUAAGGCGUGGACUAGAGUACCUCCUCCAGGACCGGGGCAACCAUGGUUACGCUGGAGACGGCUCCAAAUCAUCUGCUAGAGUGUAGAGUGUGUAGAAUCUACAGGUGAAGAAUUUAAAGUUUAUU